AUGAGCACUAGUUUAAAACGCCUUUUAGCAACUUCUGCCAAAAGUAGUGCUUCCAAGCAACAAUUCAAUGUCUUUGAUAGAGAAGUGAAACGCAUUCAGCGAUCCAGAUACCCUGCGACCAAUCCAGAGCAAUCAAGAAGAGCAGACUACUUGAAGGAUGAGGUUGCAUUGAGAACAAUUGAGAGACUUGCAUUUAUAACGAGAGACUUAACCCGUGUGUUGGAUUUCGGGUCCCAUCUGGGCAAUUUUCUCAAGGUGUUGUGUCAAGAAACAAAAAUUCCUGAGUCGGGUGAUGAGGUUGAACUCGAGAUUGCAAAGCAACUUGAAAAAGAUAAAGAGUCAGUGAAGAGCAGAAUCAAAGAGAUCACAAUGGUUGACUCGUCAAAGCUGUCGCUUGAGAGAGAUAUCAGUGAGUCAUUCAACACGAAAUUCGAGGGAAAGAUAAUAAGAAAUGUAGCAGAUGAAGAGACGUUUGACCAUGAAUGUCUCCAACAACCAGAUCAGUACGAUGCUGUUAUAUCCAAUUUGUCCAUGCACUGGAUCAAUGAUUUGCCACAGGCUCUUGCCCAGAUCAACAGAGUCUUGAAACCAGAUGGAGUUUUCAUGGGAACUAUCUUUGGAGGAGAUACUUUGUAUGAGCUUCGUACGUCGCUACAACUUGCUGAAUUGGAACGAUUGGGAGGCAUGUCGCCACGAUUGUCACCUUUGGUGGACUUGAAAGACGUUGGCUCCUUGCUCAAUAGGGCUGGUUUUGCCAUGUUAACCAUUGACGCUGAGGAUAUCGUCGUUGGUGGAUUUCCCGACAUAACUGCAGUUUGCGAAGACCUACAAUGUAUGGGCGAGCAAAACGCAGUCCAUUCGAGACCAGCACUCCUUCCUCGAGAUGUCCUUUUGGCCGCGAACGAGAUCUAUAGGUCAUUACAUGGAGAGAAGGAUGACAAGGGAAAUGUCACACUUCCUGCUACCUUCAAUGUGAUUUCUAUGAUAGGAUGGAAGAAGAGUGACAACCAACCACAACCACUUGCCAGAGGGUCUGGUCAAGUUAAUUUCAAGGACGUUUUGGGCGAGAAUUGA